CCUAAAAUAAAAACAACACUUCGUCAUUUGUGUAAAUUCAAACAAAUGUAGUCACUACCAUUGUAGUGUUAUUCGUUUCUUGUGCUUAUUUUUAAUUAACCAGUCAAUUCGUGUGGUGUAGUGAACAAAGGUUAUAGUUAUGACGACGGAUUCCGAGAGAGGUUCCCCUACAGCUGCGGCUCCACGCAGAAGCGCCUCGAAAUCGCCAGAACCAAAAAAAGCAAAGUACGAUAAGAAAGAGAAGGGCGAUAAAGAUCGCAAGAGGAGAUCCCACAGAUCCAGAUCUAGAUCCAGGGAUAGAGACCAUAGGGACAAACAUGGUGGAAAAAAACGUUACCACGACCUGGACGACCCUUCUGAAGACUACCCAAGAUAUUAUGGCGAGGAUAGAAAACAGAACAGUGACAGAUAUUGGUCCAAGUACCCAAAGAAAGACAGGGACGAAUAUGUUAUUGGUAGCCGGUAUUAUGAUGUUGAGGAAAAGAAGGAGAAAAAAGAAAAAGAGGAUGAAAAUAAGGAUAAAUCCGUCAUCACUCCAAGGGAAAGGAAAACAGUGGACUUACUAACAUCUCGAACAGGUGGGGCUUAUAUACCUCCAGCUAAAUUACGUAUGAUGCAGGCUGAGAUAACUGAUAAAUCAUCAGCUGCAUAUCAAAGAAUUGCCUGGGAAGCUUUAAAAAAGUCCAUUCAUGGUUACAUCAACAAAAUUAACACUUCCAAUAUUGGUCUUAUUGCUAGAGAAUUACUGCAUGAAAACAUUGUAAGAGGUAGAGGUUUGCUGUGUAAAUCUAUAAUACAAGCACAGGCAGCUUCCCCGACAUUCACCAAUGUUUAUGCAGCUUUAGUUGCAGUCAUAAAUUCAAAAUUCCCCAACAUUGGAGAACUGUUACUGAAAAGGUUGGUUUUGCAGUUUAAAAGGGGUUUCAAGCAGAACAACAAGUCUAUCUGUAUAUCGGCUGCUACCUUUGUCGCGCAUUUAGUAAACCAAAGAGUGGCCCACGAAAUUUUAGCAUUGGAAAUCCUUACUUUACUUGUUGAGUCCCCCACAGAUGAUUCAGUGGAAGUAGCAAUUUCGUUUUUGAAGGAAAGUGGUCAAAAACUCACUGAGGUGUCGAGUAAAGGUAUCAAUGCCAUAUUUGAGAUGUUGAGGAAUAUUCUGCAUGAAGGACAGUUGGAGAAGAGAAUACAGUACAUGAUUGAAGUCAUGUUCCAAGUUCGGAAAGAUGGUUUCAAGGAUCAUGCUGCUGUUACUGAAGAACUAGAUAUUGUUGAAGAGGAAGAUCAGUUUACUCACCUAAUCACAUUGGAUGAUGUUAAACAAGCUAACUCAGAGGAUAUAUUGAAUGUGUUUAAAUUUGAUGAUAAAUAUGAGGAAAAUGAGGGUAAAUACAAAACUUUAAGUAAGGAAAUUCUCCAGUCAGACAGUGAAUCAGGCGAAUCUGGUUCAGAGGGGUCUGAAGAAGACUCGGAAGAUGAAGAAGGUGAAGAAGAUGAAACCAAAAAUCAAACCAUUAUUGAUAACACAGAAACUAAUUUAAUCACCUUAAGGAGAACCAUCUAUCUCACAAUACAAUCCAGUUUGGAUUUUGAGGAAUGUGCCCAUAAAUUGAUGAAAAUGGAGAUCAAACCUGGACAAGAGAUUGAAUUGUGUCACAUGUUCCUUGAUUGUUGCGCUGAACAGCGUACCUACGAAAAAUUCUUCGGCCUCCUCUCGCAGCGCUUCUGCCAAAUAAACAAGACUUUCAUCGAACCGUUCCAACAAAUUUUCAAAGAUACCUAUUCCACAACUCACAGACUUGACGCCAAUCGAUUGAGAAACGUUAGCAAAUUCUUCGCGCAUUUAUUGUUCACCGACGCCAUCGGCUGGGAAGUGCUCGAUAUCAUGAAAUUAAACGAGGAAGACACCAACAGUUCCAGCAGGAUUUUCAUCAAGAUUUUGUUCCAGGAGUUGUCCGAAUAUAUGGGAUUAGCGAAGUUGAAUAAAAGGCUAAAGGAUGAAACUUUACAGGAAUAUUUCGCGGGGCUAUUUCCGAGGGAUAACCCGAAGAACACGCGUUUCGCCAUCAAUUUUUUCACGUCGAUCGGUUUAGGAGGCCUAACGGACGAGUUAAGGGAGCACUUGAAAAACGUACCAAAACAUCUGGAAGUGAUGGCUUUGAAAGCAGAUUCGAGCAGCUCUAGCAGCAGUAGCAGCAGUUCCAGUAACGAUUCCAGCAGCAGUUCAGAUUCUUCCGAUGACGAGGGUUCCAGGAAGAAGAAAACAAAAAAAUUGAAAACCCCGGACAAAAAGAAGAAACAGAAAGAAGAUGAGAAACCCAAAAAGAAAAGCGAGGAUAAACCGAGGAACAAACCAGACUAUAGAGAUAGAAGAAACGACGACAGGGAAAAGUUUAAAAAAUACAGAAACAACGACGAAGAAAGCCACAGAAGAAGCAGAGAAGAUGCAAGAGAAAAAUACAGAGGUCACGAGGAAAGAAGAAGCGACCACAGAGAAGAAUACCGGCCGAGAGAACAUAGAGGUAGAGAUAGACGUUAGUUGUAUAAUAAUGUAUAUUUUUU